AUGGUCUACACAAUUGUGGUGCACCUCUACGCCAAAGAGGACCAAGAGAGCAUUGAGAAGCUCAAGGCGAAGCUGAUAGAGGCGAGCCAGGUAUACAGCAAAGACCGCGAGACGCUCUCGUGGUUCGUCAUGCAGGAUGUUUCGGAUAAGAGAAAAUUCACCAUUGUGGAGCGGUACCUGAAGGAGUCGAGCCAAAAGUACCACCUCGAGAAUCCCUACUGGAAGACUUUCGACCCGUAUGUGCUUCCGCUGCUGGACAAGCCGAUGGAUUUGAGGAGGUUGGAGGAGCUGGAUACGAGUGGUAGUGCGGCGGGGGCGCAUUAUCAUGAUGAGGCGAGGGGGGAUACUACGGUGGCGAGUAUGUAUAAUGAUACUGUUUAG